GGGCUGAGCCUUGCAAACAAGUGUCUGUGGCAGUGUCCCCGCGGCCCUCCGGCGGCCCUCGUCGCGCUGGGACUGGCUCCUCCGGACAGAAGGAACCGAAGAAGCCCCGGGAGCCGCCACCACCUCCACCUUCGGCCGGGAGCUCCGCGCAGGGGCCGCGGACUCUGCGCGGCUGCUCGGCUCCGUGGACACCGGGUCGCAGCGCGGGCAGCGCCCGGCUCUCACCGAGCAGCUCCCGGCAGAAUAACGCGCGUGGCUGUCCCACCCCUGGGAGGGGUUGGCGGUGCCGCGAGCUGCCGCCCAGUUUGCAGCGCUCUCUCCGAGGGAGGAUCCGUCACCGGGAAAGAGUAGCCUCCACCUGGCCGAGGCGCAGAAGUGGCUAGGGAGGGAGCCGUCCGCUGCUUCGUGUCCGCUCUGGGCGCGGCGACCGGGGAUCCGCGGGCCGGAGCCCAGGCUCAGCCCGGAGCCUGCGGGUGGCGGGGCGAAGCGCACCGCGAUCUGGGGGUUUGCUGAGCGGUCCCCCACGCCCCGCGGGGUCCUGCAGCCCCGAUUCGCGGACUGGAAGCCACGGAGAACCGCUGCCACGGACUGCGGACCAACACUGUCCCUCUUGGAAGCGGGUUCUGCUAUGACAGCUGGGCUCUCCAAGGGGAUAACCUGGGUGUCCUCGGUAAAGUUGUCGCCGAGCCGGGAACCCUUUUAGGGGUCACAGCGUCGCGGCUCGGGGGGCGGCCAGGUGGCUGGCGGCGGCCGUGGCUCGGCGGGAGCCGCGCGGCCGGGGGGCUUCUGGGGGUGUGCGCCCCCAGCCGGCUGCCCUCGUGGAUGCCUCCCGGCGGCGGCGGGCCCAUGAAAGACUGCGAGUACAGUCAGAUCAGCACCCACAGCUCCUCCCCCAUGGAGUCGCCCCACAAGAAGAAGAAAAUCGCGGCCCGGAGGAAAUGGGAGGUGUUCCCGGGGAGAAACAAGUUCUUUUGCAACGGAAGGAUCAUGAUGGCCCGGCAGACCGGCGUCUUUUACCUGACGCUCAUCCUCAUCCUGGUCACUAGUGGACUCUUCUUCGCCUUCGACUGUCCGUACCUCGCAGUGAACAUCACACCUGCCAUCCCUGCGGUCGGAGGCAUCUUGUUCUUCUUUGUCAUGGGGACUCUGCUUCGGACCAGCUUCAGUGAUCCAGGAGUCCUCCCUCGAGCCACCCCGGAUGAAGCCGCUGAUCUGGAAAGGCAAAUAGACAUUGCCAAUGGCACCAGUUCAGGGGGGUACCGCCCGCCUCCCAGAACCAAAGAAGUCAUCAUCAAUGGCCAGACUGUGAAACUAAAAUACUGUUUCACCUGCAAGAUUUUCCGGCCCCCUCGAGCCUCCCACUGUAGCUUGUGUGAUAACUGCGUAGAACGGUUUGAUCACCACUGUCCCUGGGUAGGCAACUGUGUGGGGAAAAGAAACUACAGAUUUUUUUAUAUGUUUAUUUUAUCCCUGUCUUUUCUGACAGUUUUUAUAUUUGCAUUCGUUAUCACCCACGUCAUUCUUCGUUCACAGCAAACGGGAUUCCUCAAUGCCCUUAAGGACAGUCCAGCGAGUGUGCUAGAGGCUGUGGUAUGCUUCUUCUCCGUCUGGUCCAUUGUUGGCCUCUCAGGUUUCCACACAUACUUGAUCAGCUCCAACCAGACAACAAAUGAAGAUAUCAAAGGCUCUUGGUCCAAUAAAAGAGGUAAAGAAAAUUACAAUCCCUACAGCUAUGGCAACAUCUUCACAAAUUGCUGCGUCGCCCUAUGCGGGCCCAUCUCUCCCAGCCUAAUCGACAGAAGAGGGUACAUCCAGCCCGACACGCCGCAGCCAGCAGCACCAUCCAACGGGAUCACUAUGUAUGGGGCCACGCAAUCGCAGAGUGACAUGUGCGACCAAGACCAGUGCAUUCAGAGCACCAAAUUCGUUUUGCAGGCCGCAGCCACUCCCCUGCUUCAGAGCGAACCCAGCCUCACCAGCGAAGAGCUGCAUAUGCCUGGGAAGCCUGGCCUGGGCACCCCAUGUGCUAGCCUGACGCUGGGCCAGCCCACACCACCCUCCUCCAUGCCCAACCUUGCCACGGAGGCCACGCUCUCAGACAUUAUGCCCCUGAAGGACGAGCACGGAGGCCACCAGUUUCUGACUCCAGACGAGGCACCCUCACCGCCGAGGAUGCUGGGGCCAGGCAGCCCCCUGGCACACAGCCGUACCAUGCACAUUCUGGACCUGGCCAGCCAGGACUCCCUGCACGAAGACUCCGUGCGGGGCUUGGUGAAGCUCAGCUCCGUGUGACCUGCGUGGCCAGCCCUGGGACCACAGAUGACAAACCAACAAAUGGACAUAGCCAAGUGGAAGUUUAUGUUUGGAAUCUGCGGGGUGGGCCAGGGGAGGGAGGACCCUCAAGAGAGGAGCCUGGAAUUGAAGGCGGCUGCGUGGACACAGCGCCCUCUGUCGGCUGCUUUGGGGACAGACACGAGGAAGGUUUUCGAACACUGGUGGCCAAACUGAACGCGCUGUUUGUUACACUACUAGUUGAAAUCGACUCGCCGUUCCUUGUGUUCAUUAAAACAAAAUAAAAACCCCCAAGGGAAAAGCCGACUGGACAUGGGUUUGCAUGCCACGCUGCAGUCCGUGUGACAGUGGCGCUAUUCCAGAAGAAACGCUGCUUUCUUUGUUUUCCUUCUCUUUAACCUUGUGAAACUUUCCAGGGCGACAGACUGGGCCCAACGGGAGAUGCCAUCCUGUGUGACUUACUGGACUUAGCUGUACGCAGAUGGACGUCCCCCCGCUACAGAGGCUACCGGGGUCGGUCCUGCCCUGGACAGACAUUUAACCUUCUGCCAACACUUACGUGGGUGUUGUAUUGUGCCAGGGUGGGACAGUCUCGCCCCCUGUGUAAUGAACUUCCUGUGGACAGCCAAUAAAGUGACUCCUCUGUUAUUUUCUUGAUCUGUA